GAGGCAACUUGUAGCUGAGCAGAUGUUUUGGCCAACAGCUUCCAUCAACCCGUGAGAAUCAUGCGGAACUUUAACUUUUGUCCUGUCCACCAGCAAUGCAAACCAGCAUUUACAGAGGACGAAGCAAAUGACACAUAUGGGGAAAAGGAAUGAAAGCUGCCGUCCCAUGCUUCACCUCACUAGGCUUCCUCACUUUGAAGCAGCCCCACUUCCACGCCACAUCUCAGUGGGGCCCCAGGGCCAGGAGUGAAGCAGCCGAGGAGAAAACUUGCUUAGGAGAGCAAUCCGAUGGUCACUGGAAUUGUUUGGACUGCCCCUCCUGGGGUCGGAGGUGGUGGUCCAAAUUCAGGAGGAGCAGUCACAGGUCCAAGCCUACUUGCUGCCCUCUGAGGUCAGGAAAGUGGCCUUGGAGGAGGAGGAAAGGUGGCGUUCAAGUGGGUGAAGAUGAGACAGCUGUCACGACCGCAAGGGGGACUCGCAGCCCUACCAGGCUCUUAAGUACUCGUCAAAGAGUCACCCCAGUGGUGGUGAUCACCGGCAUGACAAGAUGCGAGACACCACAGACCCUUCACCACCAAAUAAAAUGUUGCGGCGAUCUGAUAGUCCUGAAAACAAAUAUGCUGACAACACUGGACACAGUAAAGCUAAAAGCAUGCAUACUCACAGAGUUAGAGAGAGGGAUGGUGGGACCAGUUACUCUCCACAAGAAAAUUCUCAUAAUCACAGUGCCCUUCAUAGCUCAAAUUCACACUCUUCUAAUCCUAGCAAUAAUCCAAACAAAACUUCUGAUGCAUCCUAUGAUUCUGCAGAUGACUGGUCUGAGCACAUUAGUUCUUCUGGCAAAAAGUACUACUAUAAUUGCCGAACAGAAGUAUCACAGUGGGAAAAACCAAAAGAAUGGCUUGAAAGAGAGCAGAGACAAAAAGAAGCAAGCAAAAUGUCUGUCAACAGUUUCCCAAAAGACAGAGAUUACAGAAGAGAGGUGAUGCAAGCAACUGCUGCUAGUGGUUUUGCUAGUGGAAUGGAAGAGAAGCAUUCCAGUGAUGCCGCUAAUAUGCUCCCACAGAAUAUUUUGUCUCAAACAAGCAGACAUAAUGACAGAGACUACAGACUGCCAAGAUCAGAGACUCACAGUAGUUCGACCCCAGUACAACAUCCCAUCAAAGCAGUGGUUCACCCUUCUACUACCCCAAGUUCUGUUCCUCCUAGUCCAUUUUCUCUACAGUCUGAUCACCAGCCAAAGAAAUCAUUUGAUGCAAAUGGAGCAUCUUCCUUAUCAAAACUGCCUACACCCACCUCUUCUAUCCCUUCACAGAAGACAGAAAGAAAAAAUUUGUCAGAAUCUGUGUCUAUGGACAAGUCUCUAUCCCAUUCAUGCACAACUCCUUCCACGUCAUCUGCUUCUGGGCUGAAUCCAAUUUCUGCACCAACUUCAUCUGCUUCUGCAGUCCCUGUUUCACCUGUCUCACAAUCGCCAAUUCCUCCGUUACUUCAGGACCCAAACCUCCUUCGACAGUUACUACCUGCUCUUCAAGCCACCCUACAGCUUAAUAAUUCUAGUGUAGAUAUAUCCAAAAUAAAUGAAGUUCUUACAGCUGCUGUGACACAAGCUUCUCUGCAAUCUAUACUCCAUAAAAUUCUCACUGCUGGACCAUCUGCUUUUAAUAUAACUUCCCUGAUUUCUCAAGCAGCACAACUUUCCACACAAGCUCAGCCAUCUAAUCAGUCCCCGAUGUCUUUAACUUCGGAUGCCUCUUCACCAAGGUCAUAUGUAUCUCCAAGGAUAAGCACGCCUCAGACUAACACAGUUCCUCUGAAGCCUCUAAUAACUACACCCCCUGUAUCGUCACAGCCAAAGGUUACUACUUCAGGUGUUAAGCAAGGACCAGUUUCACAAUCAGCAUCUCAGCAGCCAGUGGUUGCUGACAAACAACAAGGUCAUGAACCUGCUUCUCCUCGAAGUCUUCAGCGUUCAAGUAGUCAGAGAAGUCCAUCCCCUGGUCCAAAUCAUACCUCCAGUACAAGUGCUUCAAAUACAACGGCACCACAGAAUGCAUCUGCACGUCCUACGUGUUCAUUAACACCCACGUUAGCAGGACAUUUCAAUGAAAAUCUUAUAAAACAUGUUCAAGGAUGGCCUGCGGAUCAUGCAGAAAAGCAAGCAUCAAGAUUACGUGAAGAAGCUCAUAACAUGGGAAGUGUUCACAUGUCAGAAAUUUGUACUGAAUUAAAAAAUUUAAGAUCCUUAGUUCGAGUAUGUGAAAUUCAAGCAACUUUGCGUGAGCAAAGGAUACUAUUUUUGAGACAACAAAUUAAAGAACUUGAAAAACUAAAGAAUCAAAAUUCCUUCAUGGUGUGAAAAGUUGUGAAUAAUUGCACAUGGGUUUUGAGUACAGGAACUGUAAAACUGGUUGCCCAGUCUUAACAUUUUUGAGCUGCAUUUGAGUAGACUUUGGACCGUUGAGUUGGGCAAAACAAAAUGACAUGGGAAAGGGGAAAGGAGGGGAGUCAUUCAGGGGAAGGAUACAAGGUUGAUUUGUAAAACCCUUGAAAUGUAGAUUUCUUGUAGAUGUAUUCUUCACGUUGUAAAUAUGUUUUGUAGAGUGAAGCCAUGGGAAGCCAUGUGUAUCAGAGCUUAGACAUCCAAAACUAAUCAAUGCUGAGGUGGCUAAAUACCUAGCCUUUUACAUGUAAACCUGUCUGCAAAAUUAGCUCUCUUUUUUAGUUAAUUUAUCAUUCAGAAAUCUUGCAUUUCCUAAAAUUCAAUGCAAGCGCCAGGCGAUCUGUGUCUCAAGGCUGCAACAGUUAGAAACAGUUUGGGUAAUGUACAAAUAUCAUGAAACAACUGUUUCCACACUUGCACCGAAUCAAGAGCAGUGCUUUUCCAUUUCUGUUUUACAGAGCAGUGUUUUUCAUUUUCUGUGUUCAUUUUCCCCUUGAAAUCCUAAAUCCGAUUUUAUCAGUUUUAUAAUUCUUCUAAUUUUCUCCUUUCUUAAGGCACUGUUGCUAUGGCACUUUUCUAUAAUCUUUUCAUUCCUGUGUACAGUAGCUUAAAAUUGCAGUGAUUGAGCAUAACCCACUUGUUUGUAUAAAUUAUUGAAAUGUAUUUCCAUUUGCACCCUGUAAGAAUGGACUGGUAGUACUGCUGGGCAUGUGUGCUGAAAGUACAUCCCUUUCUCAGAUUAUAAGGAAACAGCCCAAUGAACAUGUCAACAUUGGUUGUGGGAGGGAAACAAGGAAAAAAAGCUAGUCAGAUGUGAAUUGUAUCUGUUGUAAUAAACAUGUUUAAAACAAAGAAACACUGGUUUUCAUUUCCUUUGGUCAAAAUAUAUAUUAGAAUUUGGACUCUUUGGGGAUUCUUUAUCAGAGCUAUUCCUGUUGAAUACUUUUGUAUCGAAAAUAAGUCCUCAAGGGAGGUUUUGUUUAAAAAAUUGUAAACAGAAAAUUGUGUAUAACAUAUUUAAUGACAUUCAACAAGGAUCAGUGACACCUCCCCAACAGUUGUCAUAUGUUAACUCCUGGUUUUACCUGUCUUACUAUUAUGACAUUUCAUUUCAAAGGAUGUUUGUGUUGUAGCUAACUGUUCAAGUCUGGUGCUGACUGCUGUUCUUAGCCAUCACAAAACGCUGACUUUGUGUAAUUGGAGUGUCUCACUGUUUGAAAAUAGUGGGAAAGCUCAGCUUUGUAUAUUGUUUCCUAAAGUAUAUUAAAAAUAAAAAAGAAACUAUUGCUACUACAAAAUAAACUUGGGUUUUCUUUGCAAAAAGUGACUAGUCAUGACUUGAUGCUGCAUUUUUAAAAAAACUUGCCUGUUUAGCAUUCUAAUUAAGCAGUCCUUAUGUUCCUAGUUGUUACAUUACAUUGGGAAGGUGAUGGUUUUGGCCAUGCAUGGUAAUAUUACAGGAUAGUCAUGCGAAUAUGUAGCAGGACAAAGAGUAACCAACUUUGAUGGAUUCUUCCAUAUCAGCUGGAGAUUUAUUAUUUGCUACAAACAAGUAAGUGGCUAUUUACAAAUCUACUGAAAUAAGAUUUUACUCUGGCCUGCCUGUUAAAUUCUUCAAAUGUUUGGGAUUGAGAAUCUGGUGCUAAAUCAUCUCUAUUGUGGAUCCUUGAGCAUAAGCUUGCUGUUCUAAGCAAUGCAUAUAGUCAGCCUCCAUGCAUUCCAAUUGGACAUUAGUUUGUUUGAAUAGAAGCUGGUUAUGCAUCCACAGGGCUUGGCCUUCUAUCACUUAAACCUUCUAUCUUCCCUUCAUCUAGCAUUAAAUGUACUUGAUUUUGUAGGUGAGAAACAUGAUUUGUGUUUGAAAAAUUCAUUGACUGUUAAAAAAGUGUCUGUCUUUCCUCAUCAAGGUAUGCUGAUGGUUUAUGAGACCUAGCAGUGCUUUUGUCACGAUCCAUUAAAGAGCUGUCUGGUUUGACUCAC